AAUGGCGACCAGCGGCGAUGUGAGUCGAACCUUGAAAGAAGCUCUGUGCGAGACCCUUAACGCUAUUCUGUCCCAUUCGCAAGAAGUGAGAACGAAUGCCGAAGAGCAGCUGAAGAUCCUCGAGGUGACAGAUGAGUUUUGUGUUCACCUGGCAGAGCUCACGGUCGACCCUCACUCGCCGUUCGCAAUCCGCCAGCUAGCUUCGGUGCUCCUCAAGCAAUAUGUCGACACGCAUUGGUCGCGGAACUCUGAGAAGUUUCGACAACCCGAAGCAACCGAAGAGGCAAAAGCAACGAUCCGCAACCUGCUUCCUCUGGGGCUGAGGGAAUCCCUGAGCAAACUUCGCUCGAGCGUGGCCUAUGCCAUCUCUGCGAUCGCUCACUGGGAUUGGCCCGAGGCCUGGCCACAGCUCUUUGAAAUCCUCAUGCAAGCGUUGACCAGCGGCGACGCCAAUACGGUUCAUGGUGCCAUGAGAGUGCUAACAGAGUUUUCCAGGGACAUCACGGACAAUCAGAUGUUCCAAGUUGCUCCCGUCGUUCUUCCAGAGAUGUACAAGAUAUUCACUCAACCCGAGAAAUACGGAAUCCGUACGAGGGGCCGGGCCGUAGAAAUCUUCUCUACCUGCGCCCAGAUCAUUGCAGCGAUGGGACACAUGGACAAGAACACUGUCAAAACUCUGCUGUACCCCAUUCUGCCCCAAUUUACCGAGGCUCUCGUUGAGGCCCUCAAGAUACCUGAUGGCCCAUCUUCUGACAGUGGGAUCAAGAAAGAGAUCCUGAAGGCACUGACGGUCUUGGUGAAGUAUGAACCCAAGCAGAUGUCAACAUGGCUUCCCCACAUUCUGACGCCUGUCUGGAACUCUCUCACAGAAAGCGCGCUUAUAUAUGUUAAGACUGCAGUGAAUGAUUCUGAAGAGGCCAACGAUCCCGUUGACUCCGAUGGAGAGGUACUGGGAUUUGAAAAUGUAGUCUUCAUGAUCUUCGAUUUUGUCAGCGCCCUUGUGGAAGCUCCAAGUUUCGGGGGCCUGGUCAAAAAAGGCCUGGCAGACCUUAUCUACUACAUAGUGUUUUACAUGCAGAUCACCGAAGAACAGGUUCGCACUUGGUCCAGCAGUCCCGACCGUUUCGUUGAGGAUGAAGACGACGACACCUUCUCUUACUCCGUCAGGAUUUCAGCCCAAGACUUGCUCAUGUCCCUCUUCCAAGAGUACGAGGAGGAGAGCAUCAGGGGGCUGAGUGCAGCAGUCACCAAGCACCUACAGGAGAGCGCCGCUGCCCGAUCCAGCGGCGAUCCCCACUGGUGGAAAAUUCACGAGUCUUGCAUGCUUGCCCUUGGGAGUGUCAGGGACGCGCUCGUGGACGGUAGCAAGGAGCACUUCAACCUUUCCGGCUUCUUGGAGUCUGUCGUCCUUGCAGACCUUCAGACAUCUGAUUCACCGUUUUUGGCCGGCAGAUGCCUCUGGGUGGCUAGCAGGUUUCCUGCCGUCAUGACACCCGAAAUGAUGCAGAGGUUUCUUCAAACGACGGUGGAUGGCCUGCAGCAGACGCAGCCGGCCACUUUGCGAGUGUCUGCGGUCCGAGCAGUCUGGGGGUUCUGCGAGUAUCUCAACAACAACAACCAGUCAUCUCAGCUCACACCGUUCUUGGCUCCGUUUGCGGAAGGCCUGAUCACGCUGUCCACGCAGUUCUCCUCUGAUGUCUUGGCUCUGGCCAUGGAAGCACUCUCCAUCGUGAUUGCCGUGGAUCCACAGUUCACUCACUCUGUGGAGAAUCGAGUGUCUCCGAUCACGAUUGCAGUCUUUCUCAAGUACAACAGUGACCCAGUGCUGGUGUCCAUCUGCCAGGACAUCUUCAAGGAGCUCUGCCACAACUCGCUCUGCUGCAGUCAGCUUCAGCAGAGGUUGCUGCCCACAAUCAUCUCCAUCCUGCAGGCUCCGCUGGACAAGAUACCCUCCGGCAUCCAGUCGGUGUCCUUGGAUGUCCUGCAGACCAUAGUGAGGAGCAGCUCUCUUCCCCUUUCGGAAGCGCUCGUCAAUCAAGCAUUUCCCGUCAUUGUGCACUGCAUUCUGCACACCGACGACAACUCUACUCUACAGUACGGCGGAGAGUGCGUACGGGCGUACGUUUCAGUGGCCUUUGAUCAGAUUGCCGCUUGGAGGGACGAUCAGGGCCAGAGUGGACUCUACUAUGUCGUCAAGAUUGCGCAGCACUUGCUGGAUCCCAAGACGCCGGAAUCUGCGGCCGUGUUUGUGGGGCGGCUGGUGUCCGUGCUGAUCACUAAGGCGGGACCAUCGCUGGGCGAAGCGACGGACAUCCUCCUGAGGGCUGUGCUGAGCAAGCUGCAGCAGACGGAGACUCUCAGUGUCAUUCAGAGCCUGGUGUUGGUGUUUGCACACCUGGUCCACACCCAGAUGGGAGCUGUGCUUGAGUUUCUGUCGGGUGUGCCUGGGCCCACCGGCCAGUCGGCGUUGGCCUUUGUCCUGACCGAGUGGUGUUCCAGGCAGACAGUCUUCUAUGGAGCCUACGAGAACAAAGUCAGCAUUCUGGCCUUAUGCAAAUUGUUGGAGCACGGCAUCCAGAGUAACGACUCGAGGCUAGUGGACAUCAGUGUCAAGGGAGAUCGCAUCAUCAACAUGAACGAGGGCAUUCGGACGCGGUCCAAAGGGGCAGCAAACCCCGAGCAGUGGACAGAGAUACCGGUCAUGGUGAAGAUUUACAAGCUGAUGAUUCACGAACUGAGCAAUUGCCUGGACAAUUCCAUGCUCCACAGGGAUCAGGACGAAGAGUCUGAGGACGAAGAUUGGGAAGAUGAAAAUGACAUGGAGGGCGACAAUGGGAUCAUGAGCCAUUUUGUGCCAGCAUCUGACUUUGCAGGGUUUGACCUGGACGCCCAAGAAGAAGAGGAAGACCCUGAUGCUCUGGCAGACCCCAUCUCCAGCAUGAACCUGCAGUCCUGCCUGGUGCAGUUCCUCCGGGGCCUCUCGCAACAGCCCUUCUACUCCACCUUCUCAGAGCACCACACGCCGCAGGAACUCCAAGUGCUCCAGAAUGCGGGAGUGCUCGCCUGAUGCCCUUCCCCGCCCCCCCUCCCCCUUCCGUGCUUCGUCAUCUCGAGGGCACAAGUGACGUGCAGCGGAUGGCAACUGGGCGUAGCGAACGUGGUCGCCAACAGGUUGAGAACGGCAGGGCGCAUCCUUCAGACGCCCAGCCUCCGGUAUGUGCUCCGAGCUUUCCACAGUGCUUUGGCUGUGCGAGCGUGCCUGAGGUGCACGAGACACCGAAGCAUUGUUGAAGGCAGGAAGCCUGCGCUGGAGGCGGGACGACCGAAGUUUCUCUCUGCCGUUCAUCUUGUCGGUGUCUAUAGAAGACUGACCAUUGGCCCUUUUAACGAAGGCUGCGGCUUUGGGAGCAUCGAGACUUUCUAGAAAAUGUUUGGUAUGAACAUUUGGAUGUUGUUGCCUACGGGUUCGAAGAAUGACGGCACCUUUUUUUGGUGUCCACCCCGCCUCUAGCAAACUCUUACUUAGGUCACUCAGUAAGUUGUAUUUCCGAACGUUCGAGGGUAUUCCGGGUUAAGGAAUAACUCGGUAUUUAUUGUAGCGGUCAUUUCUGAAGUCGCCGCGACUUCGGUCCCAAACGGUUUAGUUUCUAGGGAAUGAAGUUUGACUUUCCUUUAUUUCAUAUGAUUAGAAAUUGUGGUUUUUAUAGCUCUUUGUCCUUGGUAAAUUUCUGCUUUUAUAAGAAGUUUUAGAGUUGCCAAGUGGCAAAGGAUCUCCAGUGGGUGCCAGUUUUGGCUAAAUGGGAGUCUCCCCUCCCCACGGGCCCCUGUGCUCAAGAAGUCUUAUAUAUACUUGAACAACGAAAAGAUUUCGCUCGGAGCAGAAAAUUGCUGUUUUUUUGGGUAGUUUGAACAAUAGGCAAAAAUCGGGAGUCUUGUUCUCGAGGAACGAACCCUUUGAAACUAAGUGGGUUUGGCAUGCUGAGUUCAGAUAUGACUGCAUUGAGAAAUGCAACCCUAUUUCUUUCUUUGCAGCUGUAUGUCUGUUCAGGCCAAUAACUUGCUGAGCAUACCUUUGAUGCUUCAUCUGUCGAGCAGCAUUCAAAGUAACGAGACCCCAAAGAUGCUUUGAAAAUAGCAAAUAUGCAUUUUUGACUUGAUUGUUAAACACACUGUGCCAUUGAUCUAAAGCUGUCAAUGACUGUAGUUGGGCUCAUGACCUUGUUGUAACUUGUUUCCUUGCUACUUGGUGUUAAAACAGGCUCUCCUUAAUUUGCCGGUAUCCCAGCAGCUAAAAUUAAAACAGUGCGCAUCUUGGUGAUGUGAAUUUUUUUUUAGGAAUGUGAUGUAUAUGUUUUCGUCUUAAUUUUCAAAUUGCAGUAUAUGGACUGCUGAGAAUGCAAUCUUUUUUGUGCAAAGGCAUUCAUACUGCUGUAGUCAUGUAGUCAACAUAUAAGCAUGGUUUCGAACAAGGUUUGCAAUGGUAAAAUUUCUUGGCGAGAGGCUUUUUGUGGUCCGACUUCAAGGCUACAAGGUAGAUCUUGUCCGUUGCUUUUUUUUUGUCAGCCAGAUUUGUUCAAGAGAUGGCUAAUUUUUUUAAUGCUUUCAUUUGCCUACACUGGUCUCUGGUGUAGUUGGUAUUGUAAGACACUAGACGAAAAACUUCAUUGUACCGCUGCACUAAACAAAGGAUUGCAACAAGUCAAAUACUAGUACAUUACUUGAGUUCUAGCAUUUCUGUUGCUCUUUUUAUAUUGUAGUUUUGCAUUCUGGUUGCAUCACAGCAGGGGUGUCGAAAGUGUUUGGGAUGAGGGGGAGGGCAAUGGGAUAGAGGAGGAAGGUUGCCCUCUCCUUGCUUGAAUUGUUUAUCAUAAAUGUCCAAAAAAAGCUAUCCCCCACCACAAACCAUCCCUUCCAACCUACUGUUCCGACACCACUGCAUUGUAGCUAUGAUUCAUGUCAGUGUUACUUUGACUACCACUUCAGUAACAUGGUCAGCAUGGAUAUGGGGUUGUGAUAGGAUCAUUCAGCAUAGGCUACGGCACCACAUUUCAUGCCACAUUGAAUGGGGAGCCUGUGUUUUAACUUUAGCCCACACAUGCUUCAUUCUUGCUGUUUCCUUGAAACUGCACUAUGGUGGCCAACAUUGAGGCUCUUCAUUCUUUGAAAGAUCAACGAAAGAGGCAAGAGUUCAAGAUUAAUUUGUCUUACACUUGCCUACAAGGCAUUGCCACAGCUUUUUAGGUUGGUUCGAGUAGAGGAAAAGGAAAUAAAUAUUCUAGUAUUACCUACCCUUCUAGAGCACCGUUCCCACGCUUGCAUUCGACUAUGACCCACUUCGACACAACCAAUCCUAUUUUUAGGCCUCUUGUAACGGCCCACAACCAGCUGCGCUGCUGCAGAGUCGGUCGUAAGCCAUCACGAAAGGCCUAAAAACCGUUUUUUAGCCUGCCCGGUCGCAUGAGUCGCAAAUGUGUGAACUGACGUUAAUUUUUUUUUUUUCUUUUUCCAGCCACUGUAUAUGUGGAUACGCCUGGUGGAACCAAUUAUUUUAGUAUGGUGCUUUUUUCAUAAGGUGUAAAUAGAGUGGGAGGCGAGAAACUGCUCUUUUUCGUGCUCAACUUGUUUCUGCAGUGGUGUGUUCCUGCACAUUGGCUGUUUGCAAGAGGGCACUGUAUAUAGUUGUGCACAGGAGAUGACAGCCAAUGAAACCGACAAAACAAAUGAAAAGAGAUUUUUUCUGCUCCCUGUCGUCUUAAAGAGAGAAUUUUUACCCGGAAGAUGCGAGCAUAGUUUUGUAUAUAGUACUUGUAUUUGUGAGAAUCGCUUUGAAAGGUAUUUGUCAAUAUCCCAUUUGCAGUUAGACUGGAGUGCCAAAGGCUGCGUUUAUGGAGCUUUUUCUCAAUGCCUGUGCUUCGUACAGAAAAAAGAAAAAGAAAAUGGGGGGAAACAUGUAACUGAGUGUUGGAAUAAACCAUGUCAUGUUA